AUGACGCUCCCAAAACUAUUUCUAGUCAUAUUUCUAGCAAUUUGCAUAUUUCUCUACAUCCAGAAAAAUUUCUCCAAGCCUGAUGAGCCCAAAAAGCCCGCAAAUCCACCAUUACCAGACCUCGAAUUCAUUCUACCGUACCUCGGAAAAUUCCACGGCGAAUAUAUGACAGUACCCGAGUAUAAUCUCACGGCGUGUUCUAUUCGAAAAUCAAUGUCUCAAAUGGCGACAAAUACAAUGUGUCUACUGUAUGAGCCGGAAAAGUUUUUGGGCGGAAAUCAUUCGUUGGGCGAGACUUGGAUGAAUCAUAGGUGAGAGACGCAGAGAAGCUAGACAGCUAGAGACAUCGUGCAAAGUUAAUUUGCAGACCACGGUGGUCUGCUUUUUAUUUUUACACGCUGUUUGCACGGUGUGUUGAGUUAAUUUGCAGACCACCGUGGUCUGCAUUUUAACUUAAAACACCGUGCAAAAGUUAAUUUGCAGACCACCGUGGUCUGCUUUUUAACUCAAAACACCGCGCAUUUCAGAGUUUGCAAUGGUGUUGAAAAAGAUGGAUUGGGAAAUUUUCCAAGCGAAUACCGUAACACCUCCUAUUAUACAAGAUAUGUAUUCAUUCGAGACCCAUUUGAUAGAUUUAUCUCAUUUUACUUGGAUAAAUGUGUAAAUGAGCGAAAAUGCUAUAAUUGUGCGGCAGAAGAUAUGCAUUGUGUAGUACAAAAAAUGUAUGAAAAUUUGCUGAAAAUUUCCAAAGGACAAAAGGAAAUGAUAUCUUGGAUGAAUAAUGAUAGUUAUACUGAUAUGCAUGUGACUCCAGCUUCUUGGUGUUGUGAAUUCCACAAAUAUUUGAAGACUUAUUAUAUUAUGGUUAUUGGGGCGGAUUUGGAGGCAAGAAAGGAACCAAUUUCAAAAUUAAGCGAUAUUUUAAGGAGGAAAAAUGUGCCGGAAAAUUAUAUUUCAAAAAUAAAAACUGAUUUAUUAACAUCUGAAACUCUUCAUUCAACACAUUCCUCAAAACUUCGAAAAAUUGCGGAGGAAAAAGUUAGAAAUGAUAAAAUAAUUCGAGAAUAUUUGCAUAAAAUCUAUUUUUAUGAUUAUUUAGUUUUUCCGGAGUUCGAUAGAGCGCAUUUGGAUCCACCUUAUAAUAUGAGCAAUUCAAGAUUUGAUGAGGAAUAUCGAAGGGAUUAUAGGGAUAUUAUUGAACUACAGGAGGCGCUGAAGAUUUUGAAAAAUUGA